AAAUGGUUUUUUAACGCCAGUGGACUCGAUCCCCAGCCAGAGUACGAUACCGAAUUCCUGCCGCUCUCUGCGCCAUACGACGACGAAGGCGGUGCGGAAGACGAAGAUAUAGGAGUUGAUCACCACAUCAUGGCGCUCCCAACAGCUCGCAGAUACGAACAUAUCGCUGGCCCGGGCUGCUGUAAUCUUCGAGGCUACCACGGCGAUAGGAUUACUCUCGACGAGAUGAUAGAUUGUCAUACAGUGCAGGGGCUGUACAAGAAGACGAGUGAUUGGACGCCGAGUGAUGACGACAUGGACUUUGAGAGAGAAUCAAAGAAUUACCAUCUUACGGGGCUAUCAGACUGCAUGCCUCCGAAUGGAGGAGAUGUAAAGUGCGCACCGAUUCGUGGUGGAGCAGACUGGUUCCAUGCGUCCAAUCUCAGCGAUACAUGGAAAGAUCUUUUUGGAUGGGGGACCUAUGUGCUUCCAUUCCACCCUACCUGCUUUGAGAUAUUCAUCAGGAUAAGCAAGCAGCAGAUGGGUAGAGUUAGUCUCGACUCAUUGAUGAAGCUUGAGAGUACUGCAUCCCGCAGCAUGUUUGGCGAACGGCAUCCCGACAUUGUGGAUGCGAGAAACAAGGGCUGGAAGUGGGCUUGUUUGCUUGAUACGGAGUACCUAGCCGCCAACCCCGUCUUCAUCUCUGGCUUCAGGGAUAUUUGCGAUGCAGCUAUUUCUGACGCGGGGGAUUUUGACAGCCAGAGCAGUCCGUUUCCAGAGCGGGCUGAGAAGCAAGAUGUUUCCGUAGUGCAAGAUGACCCGUUCUUGAAGCUGCCAACGGAACUCAAGCAUACAAUUGCCUGGCAUCUCGGCUCAAAGGAUAUAGCGUCGCUGCGGAUGGCAUCUAGGGCAUUUUAUCAUCUACCGAUGACUUUAUGGCAUACGUUGAUGGUCCGAGAGAUGCCUUGGGUGUACGAAGCCUGGUGCGAUGAUCCUACGCCGUACCCCUGGGCCAUGGCAGACGCUUCAUACCUAAAGCAGAUGCGGGAGCGGGAAGAAGCGUACACAACUGAGCUCACCCGCCGAGCAGACGUUCUAAAGGCCAACGAACCUGAUUUCUAUCCCAUAUGGGAAGAGAACGAACCCAAGUCUCCGCCACUGUCGCCUGAAUUGGAAGCCCAGACAAGGCUGUUUAAGGAAAAGAAGCGAGCUAUGGCGCCUGUGAGACUACCGCGUGAUAGGACGAAUUGGUACCAGCUGUAUACGGACAUUAAAGCAAACGAGGACAAGUUGAAGGGACUGCGCAAUAGGAAGAGGAUAUGGCGGACUGUAGGCGAGAUUGUGCAGAAUGUCAAGAAGUGCUGGGAGGCGGAGUUGGUUGAGAUUAACACGCCGUUUGCUAUAAUGGAGGUUGAUGGCUGA